AUGGAUUUCCCGGAAAUUCUCCCGCAAUACGCCGAGAUUCGUUUCCGAUUUGCGCACGCUUUUGAUGGAGAAGUGUUAUUGUUUACGAAAAAAAAUGGUGAACUCGUCGAGCACUCUUCAGAAUCGAUUUCAAAAGAAAAACCCAAAAUCUCUCUGAAUAUCACCAAAGUAUUUCACUCUUGGAUCACCGACAAUCAGCCUGAAAUCUUUGUGAAACUUUUAGACGCGAAAAGGGUGAUUUUCGCCCAAGAUUUCUCCAUAUUCGGCAUUGUUUCUUACGAGGGAAUUUCACCAAAAAGUGUUCCACAAAGAAAAAAAAGAUCCACUUCAAAAGAGUCGUCAAAGGAUGGAAAUGUUGGUUAUAUGUCGGUGAAUUUCGAUCCACUUCGCGCGGAAACUGAUGUAAAUGAAAUGGGCUGUCAUCGAAAGGGUCUUUACGUGAAUUUCAACGAUCUUGGAUGGAAAGAUUGGGUGAUCGCGCCUGAGGGUUUUCAAUCAUUUCUGUGUGACGGCGGUUGCUCUUUCCCUCUGCACAAUAAAAUGAAUGCGACAAAUCAUGCGAUUGUGCAAACCCUCGUCCAUCUCUUACAUCCACAACGUGCUCCAUCACCGCGUUGUGCUCCGUCAAAACUCUCUCAACAAAAAAUCAUUUUCAUUGAUAAUUCGGAGAAUGUUGUCCUUAAACGAUACCAAGAUAUGAUUGUUCAAGAGUGUGGUUGUCAA